AUGAUCAUUAGCGGCAUAUCAGGUGUAGCAGGAUUCUUAUUGAUCAUAUCAGCCAUUGUGACUUAUUUCUCCAAGAGACAAGAACCAAAAGGCAUACUCGAAAUUGAAGAUGAUGAAGCAGGGAAAUUAAUGUCUGAGCACACACCCACUAGCUUUAUUUUUGAAGACAUCGCCUAUAAGAUAAAUGGCCACCCUAUAAUACAAGAUGUUUCAGGCAUGAUUCAGCCAGGAAAUGUGAUGGCUAUCAUGGGACCUUCAGGUGCAGGCAAAACAACCUUGUUAGAUAUUUUAGCCAAACGUACCAAAUCAGGCGAAUCUUCAGGCAAUAUCUAUUUAAACGGACAGAAAGUAUGCACUAAACACUACAAAAAGCUAAUUGGUUAUGUGGAUCAAGAAGAAGUCAUGAUUCCUAACUUAACUGUGUAUGAAACUAUACUCUAUUCUGCUUUAUUGCGCUUGCCUCGUUCCAUGAGUGAUGUUGCAAAGAAAUUUCGGGUGAUGGAAGUCAUGCAAGGACUAGGAAUUGAUACAAUUAAGGAUGCUGAGAUAGGUCAGCAAGAUGCACGGUCAAUCAGUGGUGGUGAAAAACGUCGAGUUGCUAUUGCCUGCGAAUUAGUCACCUCGCCUUCUAUAUUAUUCUUGGAUGAACCUACAAGUGGUCUUGAUGCUUAUGAUGCCUUCAAUGUUGUACAAUGUUUGGUUUCAUUAGCCAGAAAUUAUAGACGGACAGUUAUUUUUACAAUUCAUCAGCCGAGAUCCAAUAUUGUUACUUUGUUUGAUCAGCUAGUCUUGCUUGCUCAUGGGAGAGCGAUUUAUUCUGGCCCGCAAUCUGAGGCACAAACUUAUUUUAAACAGAUUGGUUACGCUUGUCCUACUGGCUUUAAUAUUGCCGAUUAUCUAAUCGAUUUAACGAUGGGUGCGGUUCAAAGAAAGCCAAACCAGCCUUCAUCUGCUGUCCAGGCGGUGACAAAUAGCUUCACUUUUGAAGAUGAAUACUUUCCUGCUCAGCCAACAACCUCCAUCUAUAGUGACGAUUUAGAUAACAUAACAGAGCAAUGGGCUUCUGAAUCAGCCAAGAAAAAGAAAGCGCAGGAACCGAAUGUGAUCAUUGAUUCAGAACCACAAACAGAUGGCUUGCCUCCACAUGUUCGACAACUCAUUGAAUAUUACCAACACAGUAUUAUAAUGAACGCUCUAAGGGAAAACAUCCAAACAGCUGUAGCACAAGCACAACAAGAUGAUGACUCGGUCAUUUUAGAAGCAAUCGCUGUGUAUGAACGGCCUGGCUUUUUUGCUCAAUUCAGAAUAUUGGCAGAUCGUACAUUCAAAAAUUUAUAUCGCAAUCCGAUGUUGAUGUUUAGUCAUUAUACCAUGACUAUUUUGUUGGCGCUAAUAUGUGGAGGCUUGUUCUACCAAGUUUCAAACACCAUUGCUGGUUUUCAAAACCGUAUGGGCUUGUUCUUCUUUUAUGAAGCAUUGCUUGGCUUCAUGUGCUUAACUUCACUCCAAGCGUUUAGCAAUGAACGCAUUUUGUUUACAAGAGAGCGAGCCAAUGGUUAUUACUCACCUACAGCCUAUUUUCUAUCCAAAAUUCUUUUUGAUAUUGUUCCAUUGCGUAUUGUGCCGCCAUUGAUGAUGGCGCUUAUUUCUUAUUCAUUGGUGGGCUUAGUAGAAGGCGUCUCUGAAUUCUUCAAGUUUUUGCUUGUUCUGGUCUUGUUUAAUUUGACAGCAGCAGCACUUUGUUUAGCCAUAGGUAUUAUAGUCAAGAAUCUGGCUUUAGCCAACUUGAUAGCAUGUAUGGUUAUCCUAUUUUCUAUGCUCUUUGCAGGCUUGCUUUUAAACAAAGACUCAAUACCUCAAUAUUUCAGUUGGCUCAAGUAUCUUUCCUUCUUUAAUUAUGCCUUAGAAGCCAUGCUGGUGAAUGAAUUACUGUAUUUGCAACUUGUUGAAGAAAGAUAUGGGCUUAAAAUAGAUGUACCGGGAGCUACUAUUUUAUCCACGUUUGGAUUCAAUGCAAGGAAUUAUUGGCCUGAUGUUAUUCGUUUAGGUUCAAUGUUUCUAGUUUUUAUUUUGAUCGCUUACGUUUGGCUUGCAUUAUUCUUGAAAGAAAAAAGAUAA